AUGAUUCAUCGUUAUGAAUUGUUGCUUUCUCUUUUACAACGUUUAUCAACAGUCAAACAUUUAACAUUAUUAUUGGCUAUCAUUAUAGAUGGUGUUCAAUCGAAUCACUUUAUUGAUGGAUCUAAUUUAAAAAGAAAUAUUAUUUCACUUAUGCCACAUCUAUGUCAUGUUAAUUUUCAUAUUCGUUCAGUAUUACGAGAUGCUUCACAUAUAGAAAUUGAUGCAAUUCGUCAAAGCUUUAUUAAAGAACAAGAAUCUGUUGAUUGUGCACUCGAAUAUUUCACUAUUAAUUAUGGUCAAUGCCAUAUCUAUUCAGUUUCAUUUAUUGGUACUCGUCUUGAUUUCAUCUCGAAUCAAUUUCCACUAUUCGAUGUUAAAAAUAGAUUUUCAAAUGUCACUA